AUGGAGCAGGACAACGGAGCCGGCAGAGCUGCUUUCAGUUGGAACUCUCGAUAUAUCUUUCAAUCAUCCACCCCCCCACCAAUUCAAAUCACCCACUCCACGGCUCACCAUGCCAAAAAAAAAAAUCCGACAAUGCGAUCCCUGUUCCUACUCCCCAUCAUCUGGCAUCUUGUUCUGGCAGCCAGCGUUCGAAGCAUUUUUCUGUUCAAAGAUGUCAUGAAAUCCAAUACAACAGCCCUCAAGACGUCGGGCUUUAAUACUCUCAUCAUGUUUGGCGUGGGCAUUUUGAGCAAUGGCGACAUCAUGUAUUAUUCCAACACGCCUGAAAGUCAAGAUGUGCGAAUUGCUUCUGGCGGGGUCUAUGUUGGGGGUGAUGCUCUGGCCCAAAAGGUGCGCUCGCUGAAAACGGGGGAAACCGGCGUCACGAGGCUGGAGAUUUCGAUGAACGCCCAGAAUGUGAGAAACCUCAUAAUGACACCAGGCCCAGGGCCAGAGACGCCUUUGUUUCGCAACUUUCAGGCCUUGAAGGAAGCUUGGACGCUUGAUGCCGUCAACAAUGACGACGAAUCCAUUUAUGAUCUCAACAGUUCGGUUGCCUUUGGAAGAAUGCUGGGCCAGAUCGGAUACAAAUACACCAUCGCGCCAUAUACGAACGCCCAGUUCUGGCUUAACGUGAAGAAUCAACUUAAUCAGGGGCUCAAGGAACAAGACAGACUGCUUGAUCGGGUGUAUCUACAAUGCUACGACGGCGGGGCAUACAAUAACCCUCCUGGAUGGCAGACAUUUUUGGGUAUGAAGGUUGUUCCUCUGAUCUGGGUCAUCAAUGACUCCAAACCGGUUUACGGCGCCACUGCUGCUCAGGCGCGAACCCGACUUACCCAGUGGCAUCAACAAAGUACCCUUGCCGGAGGAGGGUACUGGAACGACUACGAUAUCGAAAAGAUGGGGUUAUCGUAUAGGGAUUAUGGCAACGUACUGGCCAGCAUAUUUCCGUAG